AGAUGACCGAUGACAGAGAAUCACCUGUUCCUAGCGAGGGAAGCUUCGAAAUUCCAGAGAAAUAUUCAAGUGAAGUGAUGAAAUGUGAGAAUCAAUUUCGACAGCUUUUCAUUGAUUCGGAGCACCUCCCUGGUCAAAUGAUGAAAAAACGAGAAGAUCAGGUUCGAAACGAUGCCGGUGGUUUCGUGUUUGCAGUAAGCGAUGAAACACGCGUCCGACGAUUUAUCAUUCUUGGUCAUGGAAGUCUCAUCCUCAAGGAGAUAUACGAAAUUUCGUUGGCUGGACGAAACCCUAAGCAAGAUCCUCUUUUGAUGGCGCUGGCGUUGUGUGCCAGGUACCAUGUCUGCGACACGACCAUUAAGGUCAAAGAAGCGGGGGACGGUCCAAAUAAAGAACUUAUUGUGGCGAAGAAUCAAUAUCUCAGUCAGCUGCAUAAAUCUGCUUUUGGUAUUGUCAAUGAAGUUUGCCGAAUCCCCACACAUCUUUUCACAUUUGUCAAGUAUUGUGAAUUGGUCUCUCAGUCAACACAGCCCGAAGAAGGGAAGAAAUCUACUGGAUGGGGUAGACUCAUGAGAACUACCAUCCAAAACUGGUAUGCUAGCAAAACUCCUGAGCUUCUUGCUAUGCACCUUACCAAGUAUCCUCAAAGAGGUGGUUGGUCUCAUCGUGAUCUCUUCCGUUUGGCUCACCCAACUCUAAAGGAGAAGAAGAAUGAGAACUCUAUCUUGGAAUACGAACAACUAUAUCACUUUGCUGUCAAAGGUGAGCUAAACACACGAAAGCGCAAUCUGCCGAAGGAGGAAGCUGAUCUUGCACAACCUGCCACAAAAUAUAGUGCUGUUCAGAUGGAUGCUGAACUAGAGAGCAGGGCUCUCAAGCUUAUUGAAGCUGUCAUGGCACUCAAAGACGAAAAAGAUGAGGGAAAAGUUGUAGAAGCUAUAAAGAAAUACAGUGCGUUAUUUGGCAACUUUCGACCUCUUUUUGAACGCUACUUUGUAGAUCUCGUCCGCGAGCAUGUUCCCACUGACAUGCUUAACUCAGUUGCAGUUUGGCAAGCGCUUCUCGAAAAAAUGCCAAUGACAGCAAUGAUCAGAAACCUUGGAAAGAUGCAGUCUAUAAAUGCACUAACCGACGAGUAUCGUGAUGCUGUUAUUAAUAAAAUCACAAAUGAAAACGAACUCAAACGUGCAAGGAUCCAUCCUAUACAGGUCCUUCUUGCGAAGUCGGUUUACCACGCAGGUCAUGGGGAUAAAGGCAAGCUGCAAUGGGAUGUCGAUGAAAAGAUUGACAAGGCACUCGAGGAUGCGUUCUACAAAUCUUUCAUUAAUGCUCCGCCUACCAACAAGCGUUUCUGCUUUGCUUUUGAUGUUUCCGGAAGCAUGUGUUGCUCCAUAUCUGGCACAAUGCUGUCCUGUCGAACGGCUAGUGCAGCUCUGUCUUUAGUGAGCUUGAAGAACGAGAAGGAAGUUAGUGAACAUACUCUUGUGGAGGUUGAAUGUGUUGGUUUCUGCGAUAAGCUCACAGAGCUGCCAUUCCGAGGCGAUUGGACAAUAGACAAAAUUGAGACUUAUAUGGAUGGUAUGGAGGUCCAUCCAUUUAUGGCUCUACGCCAAUAUCGUGAAGCAUCUGGUAUCACCGACGCAAAACUUGUCGUUAUGGGAAUGACUUCUACAGGCUUUACUAUUGCUGAUCCUGAUGACGCUGGAAUGAUGGACAUCGUAGGUUUUGAUUCUGCAGUUCCUACUCUGCUUGCCGACUUUGUCAAUGGAAAAGUUUGAAU